AACAGCAGGAAAACAAAGAGACGGACUAAGAGAGAGAGGGAGAGAGAGUUAAUUAAUUAAUUAAGUAAUUUAGUUAAUUAAUUAAUUUAAUUAAUGAAAUAAAAAGCCUCUCUCUCUCUCUCUCUCUCUCCCCCCUCCUCUCUCUCUCUAGAUUUGAAAUGAGAUCUUUAUAGUGCUGUUUCUUUUCUUUUUUUUUGCUCUCUUUGAGUUUUUGCCGGCAGAUUCCUGAAGCCCUUGAUCUCUAGAUCUCUGGUAAACAAUUAUUGUUGUUGCUAUGGGAGCUAAUUUGUGGUGAUUUCAGCAAGUUAAGAGGGUAAUAUAUAUUUGCGAUAUGGCACCAGCAAGUAAGGCAGAUAAAAAGGCGGCACUUGAUGUUGCGGCGUGGUCGUUCAAUAUUGUAACUUCUGUUGGGAUCAUCAUGGUUAAUAAAGCACUAAUGGCUACUCAUGGCUUCAGUUUUGCUACAACACUCACUGGACUGCAUUUUGCCACCACUACUCUUAUGGCUUUGGUACUUCGCUGGUUGGGAUACAUUCAGGCCUCCCAUUUACCAUUGCCAGAUCUGAUUAAGUUUGUCUUUUUUGCAAAUCUAUCAAUAGUAGGGAUGAAUGUUAGUCUAAUGUGGAACUCAGUUGGAUUCUAUCAGAUUGCAAAGUUGUGUAUGAUCCCAGUAUCAUGUCUUCUAGAAGUUCUGUUUGACAAGAUACAUUACUCCCGAGACACAAAGCUCAGCAUAAUGGUGGUUCUUGCAGGCGUUGCAGUCUGUACUGUUAAUGAUGUGAGUGUAAACACUAAAGGUUUGAUAGCAGCUGUUAUAGCGGUCUGGAGCACUGCAUUACAACAAUAUUAUGUUCACUUUCUUCAGAGGAAGUACUCGCUCGGAUCUUUUAACCUCCUUGGUCAUACUGCUCCAGUACAGGCUGCAUCACUGCUAAUACUAGGGCCUUUCAUCGACUUUUGGUUGACAAGCAAAAGAAUAGAUGCAUUUGAGUAUAAUCUAAAUGCGGUGUACUUCCUCAUCAUGUCAUGCACCAUUGCGGUAGGAACCAAUCUCAGUCAAUUCAUUUGCAUCGGGAGAUUCACAGCAGUAUCUUUUCAAGUUAUCGGUCACAUGAAGACUAUUCUCGUGCUAAUUUUAGGAUUCUUUUUAUUUGGAAAAGAGGGUUUAAAUCUUCAUGUAGUUCUUGGCAUGAUUUUAGCAGUAAUAGGAAUGAUAUGGUAUGGAAAUGCAACAUCAAAGCCUGGAGGCAAAGAACGUCGAAGUUAUUCCACAAUCAAUGAGAAGUCUCAGAAGUUAGAGUCCAGCGAGCUUGAUAGCAAGGUCUAGAUUAAAAGGGUUUUCAUUUUCAUUUUCUUUUCAUAUUUCAUAUUAUCCCCACGGAAUUCAGACAGAUCUUUUUUUUUUUAUAUAGUUCCCUUUGUAGUAUUAUGUUUUUACUUUAAAUUUUUUUUGGGAGUUUCUUCAUUUGGAGGUGAAAUUUGCCUCAACACAGAUACCCUUCAUUUCUGUAAUAUUGAUGGGAAAUUAUUUCCUCCAUUUAAUCCCAAUUUUACGAAGAAGUUACAGAUAUUCUUGAAAA